UGUUUAUUUCACCGUAUUUAAUCUUGUUAAUACAUUGUUUUCUUACUUUGAAAGACUAACAAUACUUCUUACAUAAUCCACACAGAGAUAAGAAUGGACUGUUUAGGUUAAACUCUGGUUUAUACUGCUUGGAGAAGGCCAAGUGAUGCUGGAACAAGGGGAAAGUGAGAAAAGCAGAUCUGAUUGAGGUUUCUCACUCAUUGUUUGUAUGUAAGGAUGGCUGGGGAACAGCACGAGCAUUAUAUGUAUGCAUUGGUCAGAAAAGACAGCAACUGCAGUCAAACUGCUGCUUUAAUUUAAUGUAUUGGCUUCAUUAUACGUUGUGGCAGAGGGUGCAGAUGAGACAAAAGGGCGCGUUGGCUAAUGUAAAGCAUGCUAACAUGACCACCUUUUUAAAAGCUUCCUAAAUUGGUACCAGUAAUUCUUAGAUGUAUAUCGAGGCUUGUAUGUUUUAUGAAGCAAAUUAAAAUAUUAUUUUCCCAGUUAAUUUUUUCUCUAUCUGUAUUUGCUUGUUAGAAAAUUACAUACAUAUAUGUUUUUUGUAUAACCUGUAAAGUAUAUGAUGAGAAUGUUACUUAACUAUUAGAUCAAAUAUUACAAGUUUGAAGGAUGUAAGGAAGAUCUAUGGGUUUGUAUCAAGGUAACAUUUGCAGCCAUUUAAUUCAAGUUUGGUAUCUAUGACCUAAUGCUGCUUCUAGUUACACAGCUAGAAAUUCAAACUAAUUCCAUGGAGUGUAGUCAAAGUAGUUUCUGAUGCUGUGAAGAAUUACGUUUUUCAUGCUCUGAAUUUUUCCCCCUUGUGCAAACAGGGUGAAAAAGAACAAAGGGUAAAGAAUGGCAUUCUGCCAAGGAGAUUAGUGACCACCUUUGAUAUGAAUAUUUAAAGUAUCUCAUCUGAAAAAUCCAUACAGAAUGUCCGUUUCUAAAAUAUACUUCCAUGAAAUAGUGCAAUGCCACAUAAAAUACAUUGAGAUAGAUGCUUUCCAUGUCUACACAAAGGUCACAAAACCAGUGGCAAAAUCCUGUUUCUCACAUUAGUUAUGGUAAGAGAAAAGGUCUAAAACUCCCAAUAUGCAGUGGUUGUCACAGCUCCUUAGACUAAAAACAUCUGCACUUCUAUGAUCCAUCUGAAAAGGAACUGCAUAUUGGUAUUGCAAAUUGCUGAGCGAUAAAACUGUUAUUUCUGCAUCGUCUGGCAAAGCUGUAACACAACAUCUGUACUUUUAUUACCACUUAAAGGUCACAGUCAUAAAGUAGGAAAUGGAGUAGCAAGUCAAAUUUGAGGCCAGGUAACAGGACCGGGAGCUGCCGGAGCGGGGCCGGAGGAGGCCACCAAGGUGAUCAGAGGCGUGGAGCAGCUCUACCGUGAGGAAAGGCUGCGGGAAUUGGGAUUGUUCAGCCAAGCUUCAAGGUGACCUACCUGCGGCCUUCCAGCACCUGAAGGGACCUUGCAGGAAAGAUGGGGCAUGGCAGAGCAUGAAGUGAUGGAUGGCAAGUGGGAAUGGGUUCACAGUGAAAGAGAGCAGGUAUUAGGAUAGAUUAGCUAUUAGGAUAUUCUUUACUGUGUGGGUGGUGAAGCACUGUGACGGCUUGCCUCAAGAAGCUGAGGAUGCUCGAUCCCCGAAGUGUUGAAGACCAGGAUGGCAGGGGCAUUGCCUGAAGCAAUGGUUCUGGAAUUGCCUGGAGCAGUUGCGCUGUAGUAAAGGCAGGGCUGGGGCAGGUGCUUUCCCAGCCCUCGCCCCCUCAGCACUCCCCAGGCCCCUCAGGUCGCUGCCCGCCGGGCUGGGCCCUGGGGCGGCCGGCUGCCCGCAAAGCCCGGCAGCCGGUGUGAAGCACGCGGAGCGGACGGGAAGGGAGGGAGAGCGGGAGGCUGCCCGCAAAGCCCGGCCCGGCCGCCCGCUGGAGCGGAGUGGGAGGCCGUCCUUAAAGAUGGCUGUUGUGCGCGGGGCGCCGCCGCUGUAGCGCCGCGAGGAGCCGCCCGCCCGCCCCGCUUCGCUCCGCCGCGCCCGCCAUGGAGUGCCCGCACCUCGGCUCCAGUGUCUGCAUCGCGCCUGACUCGGCCAAGUUCCCGCAGGGCUCGCCCUCCUCCUGGUGCUGCAGCGUGUGCCGGUCAAAUAAAAGUCCCUGGGUCUGUCUGACGUGUUCAAGUGUCCAUUGUGGAAGAUAUGUGAAUGGCCAUGCAAAAAAGCAUUACGAAGAUGCACAGAUUCCUAUGACCAAUCAUAAGAAAACAGAAAAGCAGGAGAAGGUUCAGCAUACUGUGUGUAUGGAUUGCAGUAGUUACAGUACAUACUGUUAUCGCUGUGAUGAUUUUGUAGUCAAUGAUACCAAGCUGGGCCUGGUACAGAAGGUCAGAGAGCACCUACAGAACUUGGAAAAUUCAGCCUUUACAUCAGAUAGACAUAGGAAAAGAAAACUAUUGGAAAACUCAUCUCUGAACAGCAAGUUAUUGAAAGUAAAUGGAAGCACCACUGCCCUUUGUGCCACAGGCCUUCGGAAUCUGGGGAACACUUGUUUCAUGAACGCCAUCCUGCAGUCGCUCAGUAACAUUCAGCAGUUUUGCUGUUACUUCAAGGAGUUGCCUGCGGUGGAGCUGAGGAAUGGGAAGACGGCAGGGCGGCGAACUUACCACACCAGGAGCCAGGGAGAUAACAAUGUUUCACUUGUGGAAGAAUUCAGAAAGACGCUCUGUGCUUUAUGGCAAGGAAACCAAACAGCAUUUAGUCCAGAGUCAUUAUUUUAUGUUGUUUGGAAAAUAAUGCCAAAUUUUAGGGGAUAUCAGCAACAGGACGCCCACGAGUUCAUGCGUUAUCUUUUGGACCAUCUACACCUGGAACUCCAGGGUGGCUUCAAUGGUGUUUCACGUUCAGUAAUCUUGCAAGAAAAUUCUAACCUGUCUGCAAGCAACAAAUGUUGCAUAAAUGGAGCAUCUACUGUGGUCACUGCCAUUUUUGGAGGCAUUCUUCAAAAUGAAGUCAACUGCCUAAUAUGUGGGACUGAAUCUAGAAAGUUUGACCCAUUCUUAGACCUUUCGCUAGAUAUUCCAAGUCAGUUCAGAAACAAACGUACUAAAAACCAGGAGAGUGGACCAAUUUGCACGCUACGAGAUUGUCUUCGCAGUUUUACAGACCUGGAAGAACUUGAUGAGACAGAGCUGUACAUGUGUCACAAAUGCAAAAAAAAACAGAAGUCCACCAAAAAAUUCUGGAUUCAGAAACUACCAAAGGUGCUAUGCUUACACUUGAAACGCUUUCACUGGACAGCGUAUCUGAGAAACAAGGUUGAUACCUAUGUUGAGUUUCCCUUGCGAGGCCUAGACAUGAAAUGCUACUUGUUAGAGCCUGAAAACAGUGGCCCAGAGAGCUGCCUGUAUGACCUCGUGGCUGUGGUGGUGCAUCACGGCUCAGGCGUUGGCUCUGGCCACUACACAGCAUACGCGGCGCACGAGGGCCGCUGGUUCCACUUCAACGACAGCACUGUGACCCUGACGGACGAGGAGACCGUGGGCAAGGCCAAGGCCUACAUCCUCUUCUAUGUGGAACGCCCAGCCAAGCCUGCAGCAGAGAAACUUUAAUACCUCCUUUGCAUUCUUACCAAGUCCACCGGACAAACAUUUCCAUUUUUUCCAUAAAUACUUGAUCCAAGACUUAUUAAUUUCAUUGUGCACUUUGCAAUUUCCUCUUGUGGGUUUUUGUUUUGUUGUGUCAAUGGUAGCAUUUGACUUACUGAAUUUGGACACAAACUAACUUUUUUUUUAGUUAUACCAGAAAACCUCAGCAGAUUUUGAUUUGCUGCUUUAGUUGUGAUAACUCAAUUUUUAUAUAUAUAAUUUCAUGAAAUAGUUAUUUGACUUUUUUAUAUUAAUUUUUUCAGUUCUCACUUUCUAAAGGCACAUUUACAUCAAAGAAACUCUGUCCUCCUUACAAGCAAGAUAAAUGUGCUUUUGAUCAUGAAGAGCAAUACAACUCUGUGCUGUUCUCAGUCCUGUUACAUAGAUGCUAUUUAAUCUCUUUAUACUGAGGAAUUGUUUGCACGUACUAUUUUCCUUCGUGCAAGAAACUUAAACAGCGGGCUCUGACCAAUCAUCCUUUGUCUGCAGAAGAGAGGCGAUGUGGCAUUCUUAAAUAGACCAGGUAAUUGCUGCUAUAUUGGUGUGUAUUCAGGCUGGUGACUUUCAGGAAUCAUUGUAAAUAAACAGUUGGUUCAAUUCUAUCAAUACUGCAAUUUAAUUCAAGUUCUGCUCAGAUAUGCUCUGCCCCCUUCAGAUUUUAAACAAUUAUCUUUAAAUUACCUAUCUAAAUUAUGUUGAGCUUUAUGGUUUUUUAACUGAACCUAAAUUGCAUUGGAUAUCUCUUGGUUUAGACUGUCAUCCUAAAAUUUGAUCGUGAACAUUUACGUACUUGAAAACUGGGGGUGACUUCUUGGCAGUAGAAUCCUAAGUAGAAGCCCUUAGUUCCUGGUGGGAGUUGGAAGUGCAGCCCCAAGGGCUGGGGUCUGUGAGAACAGGCUUAGGUCUAAAUGCAGCUCUGCUCCAUGGCUACAGUUCACUUGGAAGCGGGAGGAGACAGAUGGUGCUGCAGUGCUUUGCAUGGAAUUGUUGUGUCAGUUCAAAUGCAAACUCAAGGGAGGAUGCUCAGUCUCUCACAGCAGAGCCCUUAGAGGGGAGGGCCAGGCCAAGUGCUUGUGACUGGAGCAGGCUCAGGGAGUCUGAACUCCAGGAGCUCCUGAGGCUGCAUUUCUGUUCAGUCUCUGGGUGAACACUGGGGCCGUGGUCAAGUUUCUAAAACCUGGCUAUGUAAUGGAGAAAGACUAUGCUAGAAAAACCCAAACCAAUUUUAGCUCUACUGCUGAUGAGUGGAAGUCAGCUACUAUGGUGGGAAAGGCAGACAGGAAAAUAUUGCAAAAGCCAGGAAUCUGACAGAAAAUGUGAAAUGGCAGAAAUAUUGCAUUUCAGAUCUGUUCCCCCAGUCUGUCCUUUCUAGCUGGCUCCCUUGUGCCAAGCAAGGAGCUGGGCACACUCCUUAAAACUCAGUAAGAGGAGAAUACAGUUCAUGGAGAGUCCCAGCAGCCGAAGAGCAGCUCUUAGUUGUGUUAACAGAAAAUGCAGUUGUCUGAAACACACAAGAACUCCAGCUGUGAGUCCCAUAAUGCCCCCGAAGGACAUGGGAGGGCUGGAGGGGAGCCCAGAGCAGCCAGGGGCACAGGGAGUGGCAGCAGUGCCUUGCCCUGGGGUAAGGACAAAUCACAGUCACACCUUUGGUACAGGGCCAUUAUUGACAUCUUUGACACAGCAUCUUACACCAGGAAAGGGAGUAAAUGGCUUAAUCUAAAACUGCAGCAAUUGUUCAGCAUGGCUAAUGGGAUUUGAAUAUGUACACAGGUUAAGACUAUAAAGUUACUAUUUGAUAUUUUGACAUAAGGAUGUUGCCUUUUAGUUAAGUUGAAUAGGAAAUAGAACUUAUCAUUGCUUUAAACUCUAGGUAGUUUGUCACCAUCCCUUCCUUACAGGCAGAGCCUUUCUUCAAAUCAGUGAGACUAGUUGCUGAUCCUUGCACCAGCAGAAAGCAGAGCAGGUAAAGCAUUGUCCCACAUUGCUGCCCUUCCUGCUGCUCAUAGGGAGCAGCACAGAUUCACCUCUAGCUGUGUUUCCUCAGCACGCUGCUUGGACUUGAUUGCUUUAGAAUUUACCUUUGAGAAUGCCAGGCUUAAAAUACACAACUAUCUCUGGGCCAGCAACAGUUUUAACUUAAAGUAGUCCGGUGUAUGCAGUGUUCUUGCAAAACAGUGAUGUAAAUGUGCCUUUCUGCAUUUUUAGAAAUUUAUAUUUGUAGUCUUCAGCAACAUUCACUUAUUUCAAUCAGCUUCUACUUGUCAGCAAUUAUUUGGGUCAGAGUUAUGUUCUCACAUGAGCAUUUUCUUUCAGUCCAUUGGCUGUGUCCCACCCAGAUCCUGGGCAGUGGUAUCUCCAGCAGGGCCAUGUGGGGCUGCCUGGGAACAUGAUGCAAUCACAGCAGGCAGGUGCUGCUCACGACUCAGCCAUAUGCUUUGCUGGAACAAUUUGCUGGAACAUUGUAAAUCCUUUUCUAAUUUAACUUUCUCCCACUGCAAACCCAGAUGGACAGUAUAAACAGUUUGUUGUGGCAACACAAGUAUUUCUCUUCCUCGUGGAGAACUUUGUUUAUCCACUGUAUUCUAUUCAGUGUGGUGUCAAAAAAAAAAAAAAAAAAAAAAGUGAGCACUGAACCAGUAACAUAUACUGCACCUGGCCUAGUAUUACCUUUUUAACCUAGCUUGUAUAUCCUAUAUUUAUCUACUAGCUUGUGAGGGGGAAUACCUCUUUCAUUUAAGCCAAAUGUUUCUUUUCUAGUUACUGCUCAUCAUAGUACACACUAGCUGGCAAGAAUUUUUUUUCUUGCUUGAGACUGCUCUGCAAGCAGCAACUGCUCUCUACCGUUCAAAGACUUGCAUCUUUUUCAUCAAAAUGUGUCCAAUCAACGGUUGUCCUUCCGUUAGUGAUUGUUUAGCCACGUAUACAACUGGAGCCAAGAUUUCUGUUAAUCAGAACGGCAAAAUGUCCAGCUCCUUAAUGUCAGCAAAAGAGAAGAGUUCAAAACUUUGAGACAGGCAGGGACAGUGGACUUGUAUCAAAAGCAGGAGGCUAUUUUUGAAGAUUUUACUAAAUCAUUGGGAGGUGUUACACGUGGUGUUCAGAAGUUCCCCAGCAAUGUUUCAUUACUGAUGUGUCUGUGUCUUACUGAUGAGGUCAUGGGCACCCUGACAGCUGAUUCCAACAUGCUUUAGGAUAUUCUCAAGUACUGUAGUGCCAUAGUUGUAAUUGUUUACCAUUAAAAUCUUGUGUGUAAUUUUCAGUGAGGAUUACUGACUGUGCUCAUCUUCUGUGUUUCUGGAGCAUUUCCAGGAUGAAUGUGACUUAUAUUUCAUCACACAGUAUGUUUAUGGAAAAUGUGCCAUUAAAGUGUCUCCUUUCCUUAGAAAAUGAAA